CUGCCAUGACAUCUAGGAAACUUGGGCUGCGGUUAGCUGCCUGCCUUCUUAAUGUUUCAGAAGCCAGAAACAAGCAUAUUGUAGAAAAAAUCGCAAAUGCUGCUUUACAUGACCAACAUGGUCAUAAACAUCCAGACACUUCAGUGCUGAAUGUUUUUUCAGAUUAUGACUACAAUCGAUCAGUUAUAACAAUAGUCUCUACUGCUGAACAAAUAGGCAGGUCUGUAACCUCGGCAUGUGUUGAAGGGUUUGCGUGCAUUGAUCUGUCUCAACAUGAUGGAGUGCAUCCCUGUCUUGGAGCCAUAGAUCUUAUUCCUAUCUAUCCCCUGUCAGAUGUGAGACCAGAAGAAUGUGGUCUGGUUGCCCAAGUUAUUGCAGAGGAUUUGGCUGCACUUGUACCCGGAUGCAGCAUGUUUCUUUUUGGUCACGCAGACGAGAAAACAAAGAAAGGUCUGGCUGAGAAAAGAAGAAGCCUGUGGUGGUUUAAGAAAAACACAAAAGCCGAUCUGACCCAGUUAAAAUCUGAUGUUGGCGCACACCCAUCUAAAAGAUACGGAUUAACAGGUGUUGGUGCCAGUCCUUACGUGAUUAACUGCAAUGUGACUCUCGACACAAAAGAUGUGGCUGCAGGACGGUUAAUUGCAAAUGCCAUCCGCAGCCGUGCUGAUGGAGUUCAAGCCUUAGCGUUUCCACAUAAUGGUCAGGUGGAAAUAGCUUGUAAUGUUGAAAGCCGUGUAAACACUCAGUGUCCCAAUCUCUUAUCUGAAUCACGUAAGUUUAUCUCAUACAGCAUUUGCAGUGAGUCAUAUUUCUAUGUGUGUCCACGGCAUCUAGAAAACCAAAUUCGAGAGCUGGCAAGACUCCAAGGAAUUAACACAGUUGGAGCUGCACUUGUAGGGUUCACGCCCCAAGACUGUAAGAAAACAGCAGAGUAUGCAAUAUCUAAUGGAAUUGGAGAAUUCUGGAAGAAAAGAAGAGGGAUUUUUAUGUGAUAAAUAAAUAAUUGAUUUCCUUGU